GGUGCCACCAUGUGAGAUGCUUUUACUGAGGCUCAUAAUGAUAUUGGCCCCUCUUUACUCUUCCUACUACUAAUUCUUGAUUUCUUUCCUUAUUCUCUCUCUCUUACAAAGGAAAAAAAUUUGCUUUUUUUCCAUCUUGUAUUCCUUUCUUCUAAGUUCUUUUGAGAGUUUUUAGGUCUACCCUUUUCUUUAUUUGCUUUAUAUAUUUUCAUCAAAGGGUUGAGCCAACUAUCACAAAUCAACUUAGCAAUACCAAACAAGAAGCACAAGUAUGAGUGGAAAUCAUAUAAUUUUUGUGUUACUUUUGCCUAUUUUGUUUCCUACAAUUUUCACUACUCUCAGCCAUGCCUCAAACACCAUUCUCUCGGAUUUGAAUGCUCCAAAAUUCAGGCACUCACGUCUUGCGAAGAGUGCUUUACGUCGCCAAACUUCCAAUGAAGAACUGUCAGAGCUUUGGACACCUUUGGCACACCAAGGAUGGAAACCUUGUACUGAAUCUGAUCCUGCAUCAAGAGUACCUGAAAAAUCUGAGGGAUACAUUCAAGUGUUCCUUGAUGGAGGACUAAAUCAACAGAGAAUGGGGAUCUGUGAUGCAGUUGUCGUUGCCAAGAUUCUGAAUGCCACACUUGUGAUCCCUCAGUUGGAAGUAAAUCCUGUUUGGCAAGAUUCGAGCUCCUUCGAGGAUAUCUUUGAUGUGGAUCACUUCAUCAAUGUAUUGAAAGACGACGUAGCUAUAGUUAAAGAGUUGCCUAAUGAAUUCUCUUGGAGCACACGAGAAUAUUAUGGCACAGCUAUUCGACCUACAAGAAUCAAGACCGCUCCGGUUCAUGCUUCAGCACAUUGGUAUUUGGAGAACGUGUCACCUGUCCUGCAGAGUUAUGGAAUUGCUGCCAUAGCGCCAUUUUCUCAUCGAUUGACGUUCGACAACAUGCCCAAGUACCUCCAACACCUACGAUGUAAAGUCAACUUUCAAGCAUUGGCCUUUGUUCCUCACAUCAGACAUCUCGGGGAUGCCCUUAUCAAUCGCCUGAGGUAUCCUCCUAGUGAAGGCAACAUGGUUAGCAACAACUACCUUAGAGAGGUUACUGAUCUUAAGCCCAAACAAGGAUCUGGCAAGUUUGCUGUUCUUCACCUUCGCUUUGACAAGGAUAUGGCUGCUCAUUCAGCCUGUGAUUUUGGUGGCGGUAAGGCUGAAAAUCUGGCUCUAGCUAAAUAUAGGCAAGUAAUUUGGGGAGGAAGGGUCAUCAACUCUCAAUUUACUGAUGAAGAAUUAAGAAGUCAAGGACGGUGCCCAUUAACCCCAGAAGAAGUUGGAUUGCUACUGGCAGCUUUGGGAUUCGACAACAGCACUCGCCUAUAUCUUGCCUCCCAUAAGGUUUAUGGCGGGGAACGUCGGAUUUCAGCCUUGAGAAGUUUGUUCCCCUUGAUGGAAGACAAAAAGAGCCUUGCAUCUUCUGAGGAAAGAGCUCUUAUCAAAGGAAAGGCUUCCUUAUUGGCCGCAGUUGAUUAUUAUGUUGGCAUGCACAGUGAUAUUUUCGUUUCCGCCUCCCCUGGAAAUAUGCACAAUGCAAUGGUAAUCACUCAAAUCUUUUCAUCUUCUAAAUCUACUUAAUAAAAUGAAAGCUAUUUCUUUUCAUUGAGUUAAUACACGGAAGAGAAACUAUUUUACACUGCCAAUGUGGUUGAACUUGUGAUAGCAGGUUAAUUGCAAUUUUAACUGAUUACUCCCUUAAUGUCUUUAACGUUUUAUUUUAUGUGAUACUGUUCCUGUUUAGGCUGUUCAAUUAACCAAUUACACCUUUCUAUAGUUGGAAACAAUUUAACGAUGAACUUCUCAUUUUAAUCUUUAUGACAAGGUUUUAUAGCCACAUAAAUGUCAUGAUUAAGACCACACGUCUCAAGAGACUUUCUUUCUUUGUCCAGUCAAACACCUUAACAUAAAAUUAAAUUGAGUGAGUACAGAUUAAUAUUGUAAUUAUUGUAGAGAUUUACUUGUAAUUGUUUCAUAAGUGACCUGAUUGUAUGAAUAUGUUUUACAUUGUCGGUGCGUGAGACUUGAACUACGUCGUGUUUGGUAUCCUACAUGAAAGGUCUAAGUCUAAUAUGCAUUAUUAGGCCAUAUGGUCCACAGCUAAUGAAUACAACCUUGGCUUGACAGGUGGGACAUAGAACAUACAACAAUAUGAAGACAAUAAGGCCAAACAUGGCACUAUUAGGCCAGCUUUUCUUGAACAA